UUCCCUUGAUUCAGAUUCAACACAUCCUCACCUAUCCCCCUUCUCUCUAGGCACUACGUUGCGCCCACCUCCAAAUCCUGCGUUGCUGCCUCACCUCCGCAGCUUCGUUUCCGCUUGCCGCCUGGCCGACCGUACUCGCCGACGACCCGAAGCAACCAUUACGCGAUGCAACCUAGAUCUCAACGCCAUCCGUUUCGCCAGUUGGUGUGCCAUCCUGUAAAUUGACGGAUUUCCCUCAUCCUGUCGUCUUCGUGAUGCCAAAGGAAGUCGCGGUUAGGAGCAUAUACAUGAUCUGAUGUCUGAUGAGUUUGUUUCUGUUGGUCAGCCGCACUAAGGAUGGAUACGAUGAUAUUCUUGACUUUCCCUGGCUUAUCUCACAAGUUAGCACCUAUCUCAGCUUCUGACGGCGUCUGAUAGGUCGUUAGGAUUAUAGAUCCUGAAGAUAAGUUCAGAUCAUAGAUUGGGGAUGUCCACAUGUGUACUACCUAAUGAGCUGGUGGUGGACAUCCUGUCUCGACUGCCGUUGAAGUCCUUGUGCCGCUUCAAAUGUGUUUGCAAGUCUUGGCUUGCCUUCUCAUCUCAUCCAUACUACCGACAAAAGUUCCCAAGAACUCCCACUGGUCUCUUGUACCAGAAAUUUGAGCGUGGCAGACUUGCCUCCUCUCUUGGCAGUGGCAUCCAUCUCGCCAGACUUCCCUCAAGUGACAAGGAAAUUGACACAACACUUAGUUUUGUGCCAUGUUAUAAGUACCCAAUACUGCUUCGGGGUUGCUGCAAUGGCCUACUUCUUUGUUAUCAGAAAAAUAGAAUUGAAGAAAUUUCCAACGCUAUUGUGUGCAAUCCAGCAACUCAAGAGUGGAUGGCACUUCCAGAUACUGAACCUGGACCAUCGGUCUUUUCGGCUAAUCUCAAGUUGUGUUUUGAUCCAUUAUGGUCUCAACACUUAUGUGUCUUCAAAUUUCAGUCGAGCGCGGUCCUGAACCCUCAUAUAAUUGGAACCUCCACUGAAGUUAAGGUAUUUUUCUCUGAGGAUUCCACGUGGUCUAGUUGUCUUUGGUGGUCUAGUUGUCUUUGGGAAUAUGGAGAUGGAUUUGAAGGUGAUUCGCUCUUUGUAAAUGGGGUGUUGUACGUGAAGCACCUAUUGGCUCAUAAAAUUCUGGCGCUUGACGCACCUGAUAGAAGUACGGAGUGGCUCGAUCAUAGGAUCAUUCAGCUGCCAGGAUAUCCGGAUAGGUCCAACAUGACUUUCUGUUCUAAUGGAUGUAUUGGUCAGUCUUCGGGUGUCUUAUGCUACGCGAAACAAGAAUUUGAUGGCUGCGCAAUACGGAUUUGGAGUUUGGAAGUCCCUGAUGGGUGGGCGGUGAGGCAUCGUGUAAGUAUGGUUGAUAUAUUUGGCAGAGACAUUUUUCUCCGCACUGACUGUGAAGGAUACUGGCUUUUCGAAUAUAAAAUCAUGGCCGUUGACCUAGAGAGGGAGCUGGUUAUCCUUGAGGACAAAAUUGGUAAUAAGAUCAUCUCAGCUAGCAUCAGUACUGGUAAACGCUUGCAGUCCCAAAGGAUUCCAAGAAGCUUGACCCGAAAAUAUCGCAGCCCAUUCUAUGUGCCAUACUAUGGCAAAAUUCCAGCUUUAGCAGUUAAGGGUCAGAGGAUGAAUCAUUCUAUGUUUUACAAUUUAUGGCAUCAGUGCUGUACUUUCCUUUUUGAGUUGGAUUAAGCUGUUGUUAUGUGAUGUACUAUACUGGAUUGUUGUCUUUUCGUGCCACUCGUGUGAACAUUGUAGAACUUGCCUUUUCAGCCUGUCAACUCUUGUCGAAGUUAUGCUCGCUUAAUUUGGAAAA